ACUAUCUGAUGAAGCUUGUUUGUCCACGUUGAUUCUUUUGUUCCAUGCUGAUCAGUGGCAUAGUUCCAUGUCUCCACCUUUGGUUAAGUGUUGCUCAUUCCAAUAUAAGCAAGCUGAGAUUGUUUAUAUCUUUCAACUACCACUUUCUUUCUUUUUGAAAACGUAUGUUUUCUCGCAUAUGGAAUUACAAGGACAGCUGAGCAAAGAAUGCACACCCUAGUUUAUGCUUAAAGAUCAGUUCAGAUUUAGGUGAUGCUGCACUAUCAAAAUUACCAGGCCUAACAGCUUAGUGUGUAUUUACCAAAACUACUAUCAAACACCAGAUUUCCCAUGUUCUUUUAUUUAUAUCAGAUAAAACAUUUUUUUCUACGAGUAUGCCACAAUUGCCACCAAGUCAGCAAUUGUCGUUUCUCUUGUUUUAACGCAUUUCUUUCAAUUUUAGCAUGGAAAACUUCGCAUUCGAGUGGGAUGGAACAUAGCAUAUAAUUCGAUAAUGCAUGUUUUGCAUCUCUGAAGAUUGUGGAAAUUUGCAUUAGAUGCAUAGAUUGGUUGCUUUGGUGUGAUUUUUUUCCCAAUGCUUUCUCGUGCUAGUAAUUUACCAUCAUGUGUUAUUCAUUCAUGAUAUGCUCCAUUUUAAUAAAAGCUGCUAAUGUUGGGCCAUGAACUAAAAUUCUGACCAGGUAAAAUUGUUAGGCCAGUUUCUCACUAUAUCAAGUCAAUGGUACAUGCCAUGUUGGGCUUUUUGGAUGCAAAUGUCUCAGAAAGAAAGAAAGAAUUGAUCUGCCUAUCCAGUAAAAAAAUGGUCCGCUUGUGCCUUUUCCUGCCUUAUAGUGAUUGGAAUGAAAUGCCUAAGAUGCUAAAAUUGGCCAAUUAUUCUUCCCAAUAGUGACAAAUCCCUUGUUAACACCAUAUAUUGUUCCUCUUUGCGGUUUUCCUAUUCCAGAGGAAAUCCCUCCUUAUUUCAGUAUGCAUGUACUUUUUGUCGUUUUAUUCAUGACAUUAUCAGCAUGCCAGGGAUGAAAGUAAAUCACUGGUCAUAGCAAGUCCACGUUGAUCAAAACAAUAGCUUUCCAGCCGAAUGGUGUCAUUUCCCUAACUUGGAAAGUGAUAGUAUAAUUGAUGAGGAGAAAAGAUGAAAAAGUCAUCAGUUUUAGCUAUAUAUAGCGCUAUUGAGAUAAAGAUGUUUGGCCAGUUUGGUGUCAUACCAACAGUACAUGACUGCUAGGUAGUUGACUGUCCUCAUCAGUUUUGGUGCAAUAAAUUGAAAGAUCUCACUGGCAAACACAUUAUUCUUCCUGUUUCUAAACAAAUCUAAUUACCACAGUGAAAACUGCAAAAGCGGAAAGGUUACGAUGGAAACCAGAGCACCAUGGAUAUUCUUCAAUCUUUACUCAAGGGAUAGUGCUUGAAGAUAAGAAAUGAACCACAAGCAUUCUUUCUCUGCCCUCUGUGCAGCAAUGAUACUCAACGUGAUCAUAUUAUUUGUGGAUAGCUAUGUUGCAGUUGCAUCAGAUACCCUUUUUCCUGGCCAAUCUCUCUCAGGCUCUGAAACCUUAGUAUCAGAAAAUGGUAUUUUUGAGUUGGGCCUUUUCCCCUCAGCCCCAGCUGGUACAAAGCACUACCUGGGUAUUCGAUACAAGAACAUGUCAAGCAACAAUCCAAUAACCUUUUGGCUGGGAAACAGAAUUCCCAUCACCUACUUCAUUAAUGCAACGCUGUACAUCGAUGCAGGUAAACUUUAUAUUGAGGAGCUCGGCUCUAUUCUAUGGACCUCAAAUUCAACGAGAAAUGAAUCAAACACUGCUGUGGCAGUUAUUCUUAACACUGGAAACUUUGUAAUAAGAGAUCAGCUCAACUCUUCUGUGGUCACAUGGCAGAGCUUUGAUCACCCAGCUGAUAAACUGCUCCCAGGAGCAUAUCUUGGACUGGACAUGGUCAUGGGAACCAACAUCUUGCUUACUCUGUUCAAGCCUCCUUAUAAUUGUACCCUCAUGAUUGACCAAAGUAGGAAGAGGGGAUUCAUCAUGUUCAUUGAUGGGCAUGACAAGUAUCUUGGAACCUUUCCUGAAUGGAUGGUUACCUACGAAGAAAAUGGUAGUCUGGUACGAUUAAACGAUCCAGGAAUUCCAAAUGAUACUGAAUACAUGAAAUUGCAACUGGGGCAACUCAGUUUGUUGAGGUGGUUAGAUAAUGCAACAAUUAGUGGUUGGCAAUCUGUGUGGAGCCACCCUUCCAGCUGCAAAGUUAGUGCUUUUCACUGUGGUGCAUUUGGUAUUUGCACAAGCACAGGAACAUGCAAAUGUAUUGAUGGUUUCAGACCAACGGAGCCAAAUGAAUGGGAGCUGGGACAUUUUGGUAGUGGCUGCUCUAGAAUUACCCCCUCAAAUUGUCUAGGUGUUGUUUCCACUGACUUGUUUGUUUUGUUAGACAACCUGCAGGGGCUUCCUUACAAUCCUCAGGAUGUUAUGGCAGCAACUAGUGAAGAAUGUCGAGCUAUCUGUCUAAGCGAAUGCUAUUGCGCAGCGUACUCCUAUCAUUCUGCCUGCAAGAUAUGGUACAGCAUGUUGUUCAAUUUGACUUCAGCUGAUAACCCUCCGUACACUGAGAUUUAUAUGCGUAUAGGUUCUCCGAGUAAACGCAGGAUGCACAUACUGGUUUUCGUACUAAUUUUUGGGUCAAUAGGGGUUAUUCUUUUUCUGCUGAUGCUUCUUUUGAUGUACAAGAGAUCCUCAUGUGUUGCAAGACAGACAAAAAUGGAAGGUUUUCUUGCAGUGUACUCUUAUGCACAGGUCAAGAAAGCUACAAGAAACUUCUCUGACAAACUUGGGGAAGGAAGCUUUGGAAGUGUUUUCAAGGGAACAAUUGCAGGUUCAACGAUUGUUGCUGUGAAGAAGCUCAAAGGCCUAGGGCACACAGAGAAGCAGUUCCGGACAGAGGUACAGACUGUUGGGAUGAUCCAACAUAAUAAUCUUGUUCGUCUUUUGGGAUUCUGUACUAGAGGGACUAGAAGGUUGCUGGUCUAUGAGUAUAUGCCAAAUGGUUCUUUGGAUUCUCAUCCCUUUUCAGAAACCUCAAGGGUAUUAGGUUGGAAUCUUCGCCAUCAGAUUGUCGUUGGUAUUGCUAGAGGUUUGGCCUACCUGCACGAGGAAUGCAGGGACUCCAUCAUACAUUGUGACAUUAAGCCUGAAAACAUACUACUAGAUGCAGAGUUCUGCCCCAAAAUUGCAGAUUUUGGUAUGGCAAAGCUUCUUGGACGGGAAUUCAGCGCUGCACUGACCACUAUCCGAGGAACCAUUGGCUAUCUUGCACCAGAGUGGAUAUCUGCGGAGUUAUGCCCCAAAAUUGCAGAUUUUGGUAUGGCAAAGCUUCUUGGACGGGAAUUCAGCGCGGUACUCACCAGUAUCCGAGGAACCAUUGGCUAUCUUGCACCAGAGUGGAUAUCUGGACAGCCUAUUACCUACAAGGCAGACGUCUAUAGUUUUGGUGUCCUGCUCUUCGAAAUAAUAUCAGGGCGGAGGAGUACGGAGAAAAUUCAACAUGGAAACCAUCGAUAUUUCCCCCUUUAUGCUGCUGCUAAAGUGAACGAAGGAGAUGUUUUAUGCUUGCUUGAUGACAGGCUGGAAGGAAAUGCGAGUUUGAAGGAGCUGGAUGUUGCCUGCCGAGUUGCUUGUUGGUGCAUCCAGGAUGAUGAGAUCCACAGGCCAUCAAUGAGGCAAGUUAUUCACAUGUUGGAAGGUAUUGUCGGCGUUGAAUUGCCUCCUAUCCCGGCUUCCUUUCAAAACCUGAUGGACGGUUAUGAUAGUGAUUUAUAUUCUGUGGAAGUUUGAUAUUGGAUCUCUUCAGUUGCUAGUAGUUUUUAUUGCGUGUUUCUUGACCUUGAUCUGUAUCACUCUAUUCUAUUUGUUUUGUAGUAUUCGGCUAUGUAGCUGUCUUUGAACUCUGUUUAGUCUGAACUAUGUUCCAUUGUUGUCAAUUCUUUGUAAUGGGAUUAUGUUGUGGUUGAAGUCUUGCAUAAGUAUAACUUCAUUUGCACAUUAA